CAUUUGCCAGAUGCCCUCUCUGCUGCUUAUGCGACUGUGUCUGCGUCAAGACUUGCAAGAUGGUCGGAAGACUUCUCGCAAACAGUCAUAAUCGCGCCAACGCUUCUUUUGGUGGCGAUGACCUGACAGAUGCAAAUCUUCCACCACCAUCUACCCUCGCUGCUCAACUUGUAAGGAACCACGUCGAGACUGCCCGUGGUGUUCAACAAACAGACACCACCGCUACUUUCCGUCAGCUCCUGCAAGAACUACUCAACAAAAAUUCGGCCCCCGAAUCUGAUCUUGAAGUCAACCAUAAACUUAUCAAGGUUGUUGUUGAGGCAGGUCUCGAUGUGCUCUUUCAAGAUGACCCCUUCCCUCAGUGGGACUUCUUGCUCCCACAGGCAGUUGACAGUCUUGCUGUCAUCCAAUCUACCAUCCAAACACAGCCAGACAUCCUUUUUCACCAUGCCUCGCCAUCGAACCCAGAGCAACACCCACAUCUCUUACUUUGGCUUUUCCCCAAGCUGCUCAUGGUAGCGAAACAUUCAAAAGGCGACCAAUUGCAAGGCCCGCUAGCUUCGCUGUUGUCUUCACUGGUCAUGAGUCUGACCAAAACUUUGGAUUUGUGGCCACACGCGAAGGCUUUGCUGCAAAUGCUUCGGGAUUGUAUUACUGACAUCCUCUUACUGCUUCAAGAUAGUCGCGCUUUCUCAAAGCCUUCGUCACAAGUGCCGCCCGUUCUGCUACCACCAGCUAGAAGUACCUUCGGUGCUUGGCCCACGCCAAAGAAUAGCGUGGCGUUAACAUUGGGCCAUCAAUUGUCUAUAAAUGAUGCUCUCUCGGCCACUAGAAUACAGCUGCUUCUCAUUUCCGCCCUGAGAAACAUUGCAACAGCCAAGUUCACCCUGACUCGGCUGCAGACUUCGACUUUUCCGCUGCAUAAAUGGAUUUUCGACUCGGUCACGUCCAUGAAUCGUAUCUUGUUCCAGAACAAGUCAUGGUUUGAACAACAACUUUUCUUUUCCCAAUUUGCCUUGCAAGUCGUUCGUCUACAGACUUUCGUACUGAACGGCCCUUCGGACCCAACUGCUCGGAAUCGAGUUGCCUACAUGCUAAGUAGUGUGUGCGAGUGUUGCUCAAGACUCAUCAUGUACGAAGGAAGAUCACCGCUGGAUGUUGGGCUUCAGCAGGAGCUUGCGUCGACUAUCAAUCACAUGGUAGAUUGCUAUGCCGCAGACUAUGCAUACAUAAUCGAAGAAUUUUUGCUACCUUCUGUUGGCGCUUUUGCUCGCGACACAUCAAAAUUCGAGGCUACUAGCGAGCCUCUGCGGCAAGUGGCCGAGAAAUGCUCAAAAAUGCAUGAUAUGAACAAUCAGAUCACUGAACGGACCGAUACGAUCAUGAGCGACCAUGACCUCCAGACUCACAUUGAGACUCCCGUCCUGCCAACACAGCCCUCAUCUCAAUUUCUGGCUCACCCAAAAUCGCUACGUGCUGGACUGCAUAACGCCUGCAGCCCUACACCAAAGGUUUCGAAUGUUCACUCAGGAGACCCAUACCAGACGCUCCGACGCAAAGUAGCUAUCUUGAUGGGUAAAGGUGACACGAAUGGCCGCCAAAAUGACGCCGUUACAUGUUACGCUUCCAUGUCUGAAGACCAACAAACCAUGUUUUGGCAGAUUGUAAGAUCUUGUGCCUGUGCUGCCACGAACAACUUGCACAGUGGAAAGUGUUCAGUUUGCGACGGUGAUCAUCGCCUUCGACAAGAACCAGACAGGAACACUUGGGAAGAUAACGAUCGCGCAGAAGAUUGGACAGAAAUGUUUCUCAUGCUCACAGAGCUCUUCGAGAGCCAGGAUCUGCAGCUUUCCAACAGACACAGGGUACUUGCAAUCCUCGCAGUCCGUUCGAUAGUGUUGCACAACAGAGACCCCACCUACCUUGAUCUCGGCAACUCUUUUCUGGCAGAGUGGUGCUUGAAAUACCUGCAUAGUUCUUCUAGAGAGCUACGACUCGCUGCAGGGCGAACGCUGGCUGCUUUCCUACGUGAAGGCUUGCCCGUCGAGCUUCGUAACAAGAAUCGACAACUUGCACUGAACUUUCUUAGGGCACUAUCCACAAAGGAUAUCGUAGGCCAACAUGAAACCCUGAUUCUGGCUUGGGGUCGAGUCGCAGUUGUUUGUGGCGAGAAAGAGCUCAAUCUGGCAUUACUCAGGCUGGUAGAUUAUCUGGGCCAUCCAAACUCUCUGGUCUGCUCUCUUGCCUAUAGUGAGCUAGAGGAUAUUGCCGAAACGCUGUCUCUUUCACCGCAAACACUCCUCAAACCGUUCUAUCGCAGUAUCGCUGUUGCUGUCAUACAAGAUCUCACCACCAAACCACAGAAGGCUCAGCAACUCUCCGAGUUCCUAGGCAUGAGCGUCAGCCACUUUUUGCUGUUAACACAAAAAGACACCGUACCUUUCCUCGUUCUAACGAGAAAGAAGGAUGUUCUGCAGCGAGUCGCUUCCGCUCGCAGUGCCAACACCAGCAUACAAGACAUGUGUCUACAGCCGCCUGCUAAUCUUGCCGCCGUAAUAUCCACUUUGCUCUAUCAACCUUCAAGUGACGUCGAGGGCAACGCGACCAGGUGUCUCGCGGAAAUUGCUCCUGGGUUCCAGAGCAGCGAUCUCGGCAGCCUGGCUCGGUCAAAUCCUGUUUUGAUUGCUUGUGAGAUGCUCAAAACUGCGGGAGAUGAAGACGAAUUGAACGCACCAAAAGCACAGCAAGCUAUCCAGAUCUUCAUCAUGCUGGUAGAGGGCAAACCAAGCCAUUCGAAACAGAACGCAAAAGCCAAUCGGGUGGUCGUUGGCUUCUUCGAGGCACAUAUUCUAGGCAUAAUGACCGAGUUUUCCAACUCGAUCGACAACUCACUGUCGCUGUCUUCCUCAGAGAAGCUCCGUUGUGUCAGAGCCAUCGAACAAAUGAUCAUACUAGCUAAGAGCAAGGUCAGCGUCGCUCUGCCACAAAUCAGAGCGUGUCUUCAGAGUGCCAUCGAUCAGCCAAAACUCCAAGAAUCGGCACUUUCCGCCUGGCUUACUCUGGUCGCAGUUCUCGAGGGCGAUGAUUUUGCUGAUAUGGUCGACCACACGUUUGCACUCGUGGCUCAACACUGGAAUGGUCUUUCGUCAUCUCUUCAGAUGAAUAUUCACGAUACGAUAAGCGAAAUGGUCAAGACCCAUAGCAACGUGAUUCGAGAGAAGCUGAUGACUAUACCGUCUUUGGCUUCAAUUCCUCUGAUGUCCAAGAUUGGCCUAGAGAUUCAAAGGCUCAAGAAAGAUGAGCGCCCGGACGUCCAUCUUCGUGCUUUUGCAAAAAGACUGCAUGAUGAAAAUGUUGCAAUUGUCACCCAAGGGUUACUCGAGCUGGUACCCUGGCUCGGCGAGAAUCAAGGAUUUGUCCACGAAGCAGCUGUUAGCGAACAGCCUAAGGCUGCGAUAGCAGAUGUCAUGCGUGCUUUGUUGGACGUGUGUACGAGAUAUGCCAACCACGAUUCAACUGUCGUCGACCUCAGUGCACAGUGUAUCGGCAUCAUUGGCUGUUUGGACGCAAACAGCGUCGAGAUGAGCAGCAGUAAGCGACAAGUCCUUGUUCUCUCCAACUUUGAGAAAGCAUCCGAAGUUAUCAACUGGGUCGCUAUUAUGCUCGAAGACGUGCUGGUACCGGCGUUCCGAUCAUCUACAAACGCACGCGACCAGGGUUUCUUGGCUUAUGUUAUGCAAGAGCUGGUUAGAUUUUGUGGUUUCAAUGAAGCUGCAACAGCACGUCUCAGACCAUCGCAAGCUGGCCCAGCAUACAACCGCUGGACCGAAAUGACAGAAAGUGUUCGGAAUACUCUUACACCAUUCUUGAGCUCGAGAUACCUGCUAAAAAUUUCGUCCGAACAACCCGGGAAACGAGACUACCCAGUAUUUGUUGCGGGGAAGUGCCACAGUACUUGGUUACGUGAAUGGGCUUACGACAUGAUGUGGAGAGGUAAAGGCGACAAUGCAGAGAUGGUAUUUCCCAUUCUGGCUCGCAUCAUCAAUCGACAUGACAUCUCCAUUGCCAGCUUCCUACUUCCGUAUGCGGCGCUCAACAUCGUCCUCGGCGGCACUGUUCAAGAGGCGAAGGACGUUGGGGUUGAGAUGCUGACAGUCCUAUCGACUGAGUCUGUCGUCGAGUCAGAAAGGGUGUCCCUCCGACAAUGUAGCGAGAACGUCUUUGCCGUGCUGGACUACAUGUCAAAGUGGUUACAGGAGAAGAAGCGGACCAUGGCUUCGUAUCGAACUGCAGCGAUACGAGCAGGUCAUCCGAUCUCUGAAAUGGAAGAGGUGAAGGACGUAGGUCAAAUCGAAAGCGUAGAGAGCGUAAUACGGUCUAUUCCUGCAGACAUCAUCGCUCAGCGCGCAAUGGAGUGUGGCUCAUAUGCGCGUGCUCUGUUUCACUGGGAGAGCCAUAUCCGGGAACAGUCGCAAAGACAAGAGAAGCAAGACGCCAAAGAACAUGACGCAAUGUUUCAACGCUUGCAUUCCAUCUACUCGCAGAUCGAUGAACCAGAUGGCCUAGAUGGAAUUUCUGCACAUCUCAACAUUCUCAGUCCCGAGCAACAAGCCUACCAACACCAAAGAACAGGAAGAUGGUCAGCUGCCCAAAGCUGGUAUGAGCUUGAGCUGAUCAAGAAACCAUCAGAUACAAACCGUCAAAUCGAUCUCUUGAGCUGUCUUAGAGAAUCCGGUCAGUACGAUCAAGUCUUGCGAUACGCGUCCUAUUACAAUAGCAACCCGAGCCAGGCCGAGAAGAACCCACUUCUAUCAUACAUCACAGAGGCAUGUUGGACUACCGAAAGGUUUGAUACACUCAAGGAAGUUCUUGCUGGCCUCCCGGAGGAGAAUCAAAGCGAAUUCAAUGUUGGUGUUGCCAAAGUGCUUCUUGCCAUGCAAGAGAAGAAUCAAGACGAAGUAUCGAACACAAUCAACAAUCUUCGCAACAGCGUGGUCAAAGGUGUGACCUCUGUCUCUGGAAGUUCGCUCCAGGCCUGUCACGACGUUCUUUUGAAGCUUCACAUUGUGUACGAGAUAGGUGCGCUCAGUGGAGCUACCAAAGUCCCCACAACUCAAGAACCAGGUCCUACAUCAAUUCUUGCAGUCAUGGACAAGAGACUGGCCGUAGUUGGAUCAUAUAUCUCCGAUAAGCAAUAUCUGCUUGGUAUUCGACGUGCAGUCAUGCGGUUGUCAAAUAUAGAUUUCUCAAGCGUCAGUAUCGGCACAUCCUGGCUUACAACAGCUCGUCUCGCUCGAAAGACAAAUGUUUCGACUAUAGCACAUUAUGCUGUACUUAACGCAUUCAGUUGUGGAGACGAUGCAGCCAAAAUUGAACAUGCCAGACUUUUGUGGAAGGAUGACCAGCAUCGACAAGCCAUCCAGAGUCUCGAGGGCGCUAUCGCAUCUGACACAUUUGCAACCUAUGAUCAAAGGAUGAUGGACACAAGCAACCCGGAAGAAGCACAGCAAAAGCAGAACAUGCUUUCUGCAAGAGCGCAUCUGCUACUUGCGAAAUGGUUGGACGCUUCGGGUCAGACACAGGCAACGAAGGUCACAGUCAAGUACCAAUAUGCCGCCAGGCACUACUCAAGAUGGGAGAAGGGUCAUUACUACUUGGGCAAGCACUACAACAUGCUUCUCGAUGCCGGGAAAACACUACCCGUAGCCAAACAAUCAGACCACUUCAUCUCCGGAGAGUUAACCAAACUAGUCAUCGAGAACUACUUACGAUCGGUACCUUUCGGCUCCAAAUACUGGUAUCAGACCAUUCCCAAAAUCAUCACACUCUGGCUGGAUCUUGGUAUGGAGUGUAUGCAAAGGACUAGGAGUGAUGGUCAGGCUGAGGUGACUGCUAAACGUUCUCAUUGGCUUGAUGCAGUCCACAAACAGAUGAGGAAGUACUUCGACCGGAUACCUCCGUACAUAUUCUACAACGCUCUACCUCAAAUGAUUUCGCGCAUCACUCAUCCAAAUCCAAAGGUUUACGAGGUUCUGCAGAUGAUCAUUUCGAAGAUUGUUUCGACACAUCCCAGUCAAGCACUCUGGUUCUUGCUAGCUGUUUGUAAGGCUUCCGUACCGGACAGAGCAAGUCGUGGCACGGCCAUCAUCAGCAAGUUAAAAGAUCCCAAAAACAGACCCAAGAACGAGUCUGCCGGGCUGGAUCUGCGUGUGAUGAUAACGCAUGGCCAGAAGUUAUCUGAUGGCCUGCUACAAGCCUGUGAGAUUCACAUCGAGACACGAUCGGCCAACGUCGGCUUGUCUAAGGACUUGAACUUCAAUCACAAGUUGGCCCCCAAUCCUCUUGUCAUACCCUUGGAGUCUACCUUGACAGCCAACGCACCAGUGGUACAAGAUGCUUUCCACAUUCGAAAGUUUGUGGCAUUCUCCCAAGAGCGCAUCACUAUACAGAGCUUCAGCGAUGAAGUCUUGGUCCUCAAUUCUCUGCAACGACCACGAAAGUUGACAGUAAGAGGCUCAGACGGCAAGCAGUAUGGACUCUUGUGCAAGCCGAAAGAUGAUCUGAGAAAGGAUCAACGCCUGAUGGAGUUUAACACAAUGAUCAACAGAGCGCUCAAACGAGACACUGAGUCAAACAAGCGACGUCUCUAUAUCAAAACAUACGGAGUCACACCGUUGAGUGAAGAGUCGGGUACUAUCGAGUGGGUGGAAGGAAUCAAGCCUCUGCGCGACAUUCUUCUCAAGCUAUACCAGCGUAAGGGUGUCCAGCCGAAUUACAACGAGUUGCGAGUCUUCCUUAGCGAGGCAAGCGCCAAUCCUGCCAACGUGGACAUCUUCACCGACAAGGUGCUCAAGGUGUUCCCAUCCAUUCUUCACGAGUGGUUUACAGAAAUGUUCCCUGAGCCUGACUCGUGGUUCGCUGCCAGAUUGAGAUACGCUCGCUCGGCUGCAGUGAUGUCCAUGGUCGGACAUGUGCUCGGACUUGGCGAUCGUCAUGGAGAGAAUAUUCUGUUGCAGGAAGACACUGGUGGCGUUUUCCAUGUCGAUUUCAACUGCUUGUUCGACAAGGGACUCACAUUCGAAAAGCCAGAACUUGUGCCUUUCCGCUUAACACACAACAUGAUUGCGGCCAUGGGAGCUUACGGCUACGAGGGACCUUUCCGCAAGUCAGCUGAGUUGACAUUAGGCUUACUUCGACAACAUCAAGAUACCUUGAUGAAUAUCCUGGAAACGUUCUUGCACGAUCCUACUACAGACUUCAUCGGUAAGAAAAAGAGGACGACGCCAGGAGUGCCGGACACACCACAAGAGGUCCUUGACUCUAUCAGCAGCAAGCUCAAGGGGUUCUUGAGGGGUGAGACGAUACCGCUGAGUGUGGAAGGACAUGUUAAUGCUUUGAUUGGGCAAGCUACAGACCCGUGGAACUUGUGUCAGAUGUAUAUUGGUUGGUGUGCAUUUUUGUAGAUCAUCUUAUAAAGGGAAGAGGAGUUCUGGUUGGGUAUACAGGCUAUAAGCGAGUGUGUAUAAGGUGUUGUUGAUUUUGAAACAGAGAUGGGAAAUUUGGGUGGCAGGUGAACAUGGUGCCCAUGGAAAGUAUGAUACUAGUACACGAAGUCUUUUUUGUUUAUCCUGAAUGGUUUGUGUCAAAACGCGUGACUGGGAUAGGCCUUACAGUGGGUUUAGCUUAGUACUUUCUAUACUUCUGUUCUAUAGACUGGGU